UCCGGGUUGGCGCGCGCUUUCGAGUGAGACGAUUUCGAUUCAAAAUAAGUCAGUCAAAUGCAAUGAAAAAUGUCAAAACGCGAAGGACAUUAUAAAUGUAAUAAUUACAUUAAAAACAUAGCUGUUGUCGUUUAAGUGCAUAAUGACGAGCGUCACGUCAACUUCGAACCAACUUUCGUUCUGUGGCAAGAUCAUCACAUUUAAUCACGUCGUAAGGGAAAACAAGGCCAGCGAGGUAACGUUCUGUGACUUUUCUUUCCAGCCGGAGCAUGAGGUGUUUAUGAAAGCAUCACAAGGAUCUGCUGUCAUCCUCCACAAAAGUGCCGCCCGCGUGGACGCUUUUAUCAAAUCAAAAAGCGUCGUUUGUGUUCAAAGUAGGACCUCUACACCGUGUGUGCUUGUCUCGAAAAAGAACAAGAAGUCAGAUUUUUUUCUAUAUAAAACUUUCAUUCUGAGCGACUCAAACCAGCUGAAGCCCAGCAUUGAGUUCUCACUCCCUCACCGCUUGAGUGGGGAUGUUUGUAUCCUUCAGGGUCCAACUGUGCUGUGGACACAUGGUGAUGCUGUGUUUCAUGCGUCAAGUAGGUCAGGUGAGGUCAAACAAGUACCUCUCCAGUUAUCCCACUGUCUUAUUGGUGAGCUCCCGCUAGUUAAGAGACAAGUGUUCAUACUGGGACAGCAACAGGGCUCAAGUAAACAAACAGUGGCCUACUUGCUUGGGAGCGGUCGCACUGUGGACGGUUCUCAGAUUUUACCUCAUCCUUACAUUGGCAUCACACAGUGCAUCAAUGUUCUGUCUGCGUGCAUAGCAGGCGACGUUCUGCGGUGCACUGUGGUUGCAGCCACUGCCAAUCGGCAACUUGUUUACUUGGAGAAUGGCGUGGUGGAACACACGUGCACACUCCCAUAUGAAAGUCCUGAAGCUAUACAAGUGGUCGACACAGGAAGAAAUGGAGUCAUCUUUGUCGUAGCUUUCGCCCAUGGCAACGCCUGUGCUGUGUGGAAGGAUACAUUUCAAAUCGCCACCCAGUGGUCAAAAGUGAGUUCUGUUCACGUGGAUGACUAUCUCCGAUGCGGCACAGAACAGAUAUUGUUGGUUUUUCACGAUGACCGUGUAUCGGGACAGUUGCUGGAUCAUUUCCUCAUCACGGACCUUUGCGGAAUCUCCUAUUCUCGUGGCGAGCAUUGCAGUGCAGCUGCAAAAAUGUCCCCUCCACCAGAGAACCACCUCACAAUGAAAGCUUUGGAGUCCAGACUGCAGAGUGGACUCAGCGCGCUGCAGGAGCUCCAAGGGGAAGUGAAAGUGAAGGACAAAGUUUUGCGGCAGUCAGUGCAAGUGCUUAUUGGCGUGGUUCAACAUCGAAAACCUAAUAUCACAACGCCUGAGCAGGAAGGACUCGUCGCUCUUUGGGAGAGUGAUGACGAGUCAAAGGAAGAGGCCACCGAUGACGAGACCAGAGUCAUGCCAACGGUGCUCUGCGGACCUCACAUUGACAAGUUUUGGCAUCGCGUCUCGGACGGACGAAUGGUCGUGGGAGUGAUACUCGCUGCCGACAGCUCAGUACCAGCAAUGGGUUCGAGCUUAUCCAUGGUGACACAGGCAAGCCACGGCUCGGCGCCCGCAGUCAUCCGGUCCCAAAGCCGUGUGUCGUGGCUCCCCCCACUCGGCGCCUCCGCCUUCCUGGAGCCGGCAGCCAAAAGAAGCAAGAGGCACCACGCGGGCGGCCUGAAUGAUCUCAACACGGCCAGACUCGCCGUGACUGCCGUGACCGAGCUGGCGCCUCUGUUGAACUCUGCCUGCGUCAAGUGCAAUGUCAUGCUCCAUUACACCCCGAGACAGGACAAUACAGCACUCGCCCGUCCACAGCCGAUGGUCCUCCAUUGUGGUCAAGUUAGUGUGGACGUUCACGCUGACUUCAACACCCAACUGUUGAGCAGCCCGGAGCUCAAAACAGAUAUGGCUCUGGAGGACUUGCUGUCUCUGUUGUCGGUGCUGGAUCACUGGACUUUCCGCAUAGAUUCCCCCGAUCACAGUUUGGGUGAUAUUGACGGCUGGCUGCAGAGGAGAGUGGGAUCUAAGAGGGUACAAGUAAGCCCUCAGCAUCAACUAUUCACUUCUCAAGGACUCUCAUCCCUCUCACUGUUGCGCUGGCAUCACAUCAGCCCGUUCCUAGGGGAACUGGCGGUCCACUCCAGCCACUUACAAAUGCUCAAGCUUUUGGACACCCUGCUAGAUUAUCUUCCAUCUUCCUGCUCCAUCCAGCCCAUCCGUGCAAUAAGAGAGAGGUCAUCCGACAUACUCGCUUUAGCUUUGGAGAAAGAAGUGGCAUCACUACGAGAGUUUGUGUCACCGCUACCGCGUGACGAACAGAAGAGCAACAAAAGGGUAAUGGGACCUGAGGAUAACCAUGACCCGGGCACGCCCGAGGGGCUUCAAAGUUGUAGACUAGCCUGGCAACAGGACGUGGAAAGGAGUCUGCAGAAUUUAAACCCACAGUUGGACGUGAGCAGGUACCGCAAGUUUAUCCAAAAGCUGUCUGACGCCCAGCUCGAUGGGGAUUUAGCCGCUCUCGUGGAGACUCAGAUGAAAUAAUGCUAUUUUUGCUGACAUUAUACAUUGAAAGAAAAUAACAUUCGGCCUUCAAGAGCAAACUGAUGCUGACUCGGAUACAUUCUUUUGUCGCAUCCUGUCUCCGCACGAGCGUAUUUCCACUUGAUCACCUCCGAGGUGCCAUCUUUUCAAUCUGCUGCGCUCUGUUCGUCUUAAUCCUCCAGACUAUGUGUCCUCAAACCAUUUGUUGGCGCUCUCUAGUUUCACCCCGAAGUGAGACAUGUCAGGGGAGGUGAUAGGAUGGCACAAAGAAAAGCUUUUACUGCUUCUUUCACCUCACGGUUCACCCGUCUUCCUGCGACACGAUACAGUUUCACAUGUGAUGCUGCUGGGAAAAUGCCACACAAGUGCACAAGAUGUCUUUUAGAUUGUUUUUGACCAGCUUUGUAUCAUAAACUGUUCAGAGGGAUGUCUAUACAGUAUGUGCUCAUUUCACAAUACCAUAAUUUUCAGACUAUAAGCAGCUCCUUUUUUUCCUUCAUUUUGAAUCCUGCGGCAUAUUGUCAGUACGGCUUAUUUUUUUUAUUUAUUUGGGUUAAUAAGUAACACUUCUUUAUUUGACAGCGGCGUCAUUAGAUUGUCAUAGUUGUGACAUGACACUAUCAUGGGCAUUACUGAAUGCUUAUGACAGAUGUCAUUAGGUGUCAUCCGGCAAAUUAUGUAACUACUCGAAUCUUUUACAUCCAUUCAAAAGUGAGUUAAUUUGCCGGAUAACACUAAAUGACAUCUGUUAUAAACAUUCAUUCAUGCUCAUGACAGUGCCAUGUAAUAAUUAUAAUUUUCCAAUGACAGUCUUAUGGCGUGACUGUCAAAUAAAUUGUUAACAACUGGGACAGUAACUGAAGACAUAAUUAGCACAUAAUAUGAAUUUUUGAUUGUUAUUUACAUCUGUGGCGCUGCAAUGCAUGCUAGGAGGCAUGUUGGACAACAACAGUGUUGUCAGCAGGUGGCAGCAGAGUUUGACUAUCUCCCCAAAGGGAGCAGUGAUGGCCAAAUGAAGCUUCUUAAGGCAAUGAAGCUUUGCAGCCAAUUGGUUCAAAGCUUCAUUGUGGUUCAUUUGGUCUUAUGACAGUCGUAUGAUGCCGCUGUCAAAUAAAGUGUUACCGGUUAAUAUCUUUUGGUGUAAAUAUCCCAUAAUACAGUGAGGACAGCUGCGACCUAUCUAUGAACAAAUGUUGUUUUCGUGUCACAUUUGGUGGGUGGCUAUUUUGAUAGUCAAAAAAAAGUUUUUGUUGAAAUAAAAAUGACUAAAUUAUUAUUUUUUCUUUUUUUUUUUUAGCCUGUCAGCACAGUUUUCUUUCAUUUCCCUUUUUUAUUAAAAAAAUGGAGGGUAGCAGUAAAUAUUCUUUAUUCUUAUUUUUUAUCAUUUUUGUUUUUCUAUAUUAAAAAAGAAGAAUAACUGUAAGUAUUCAUUUAUAUACUGUCAAUGUAUGUAAAGUAUAUUCAUGUUUUUUUUAUCUUUACACUUGUUCAGAAAAAAUAGGUGGGAAUCGGUCAACAUUCUUUUUUUUCCAUUUUGGGAUUUUAUAGAAAAAAAUUGAAUAAACAGUAUAUUUGUUUUAUUUUUAAAAUCUCAUUAAAAAAGAAAUAUUCUCUUAUUUGUCAUCCAUGAAAGUUUUAUAUAAAUACUUUUCAGGCCACACAAAAUCAUGCGGUGGCCAGGAUCUGGCACCUGGGUCGCCAGUUUGACACACCCCUGGUUUAAAACAUUGACUAGCAUUAAGAAAGGGUAUGAAGCAUUUUGGACUUGCAACAUUUUGUUUAAAGAACAAAAAUAGCACAUACAGCAAACAAAAUACAGGGAAAAUCUCUGUUUAAACCAAAAUAAUAGAAACUACAUUGCAAGCCACAACUAAACUAAAUUUCUAAACUGCUUUAAACAGUAUAACAAGUUUCACGAUCAAGCAAAUACAGUACGUGCAAUGGAGCAAAUACUGAAGAUUAAUACUAGGUCAACGCUUGGCCUCCUGUACUUCAACUGAUGCGCUAAUAAUAGCACGGCAAUAAGUUGUAACUCUAAAAAGAAAAAAUGUUUGUAGUUUUCUCACUUGGUGUGAGGUCACCAGCGAUCAAUAAUGGGCACCCAUGGAGCAACCAAAUGGGAGCUCAUUGAUUGAUCGAUCGUGUACGCUACAUGAAUCUUGUCAAUAUCAUUCAUUAUCCCCAAUGAUUUUUUUUUCUUGCCCACUCGUAAAAAGAAAAAAAAAACAUGAACACCACCUCCAAAUAAAUUCCUGGCAACCUGCCGUUCAGUAAAUAAACCCUCAUGACCAAUCUAUACAACUGGCUAUCUUAACAUUAACCUCUUGAUACCUGAAUUUACAUUUAACUCUUUGGCUGCCAUGCAUUGAUGGCGAUAGAUUUUCACAUCAUUUUGAUUGGGAGGGUUGUCAACGAUCGGAUGACCAGUCAAAUUGGAUUGUACUUCUAUCACCGUCAAUGGUGGUGAAUGAGUUAACAAAUAGAUAUCAAAAAGCAUUGAGGGAAUACAUAGUUCCAUAGAAAACUUAAUAAUUAGAAAAUAACAAUUUGGAAAAAUACUUUUUAAAAAUCAGAAUCAUAAAAGAAAAACUAAUAUUGUCAAAAUAAUUAAAAAUAAAAAUGUUGUCGUUUAAACAAAUAGAUCUGUUAAUAUCCUUUUUUAAUGGGCACGCUAGCAAGCCCCAUUAACUAGCGUUAGCUUAGCCAUUCCGGAGCCCCGAAACUAACACUUAACUAACAAAUUGCUCGGAAUUUGUCAAAACUCCACCGACUAGUUAAACUCUCGCUAACUCGAAGAUUAAGCCAAAUGUAAAAAAUUCUUAACAUUUAUAAUAGGGCUGUCAAAAUUAUCGCGUUAACGGGCGGUAAUUAAUUUUCUAAAUUAAUCACGUUAAAAUAUUUGACGCAAUUAAUGCACAUGCCCCGCUCAAACAGAUUAAAAUGUACAGUACAGUGUAAUGUCCGCUUGUUACUUGUUUUUUGGUGUUUGGCGCCCUCUGCUGGUGCUUAGGUCCAACUGAUUUUAUGGGUUGGUACCAUGAGUGAGCAUGGUGUAAUUAUUGACAUCAACAAUGGCGAGCUACUACUUCAUUUUUUGAUUGAAAAUUUUACACAUUUUAAUAAAACGAAAAUAUUAAGAGGGGUUUUAAUAUUAGAUUUCUAUAACUUGUACUACCAUUUAUCUCUUAAGAACUACAAGUCUUUCUAUCCAUGGAUCGCUUUAAGAGAAUGUUAAUAAUGUU